AAAAAAAAAAAAAAAAAAAAAAAAAAAAGAGAAAAAAAAAAAAAAAAAAAAAAAAAAAAAAUCAAGCCACGUAAAGAAAACAACCCUGCUUGGUAGCAAUGAGUCUGGAAGAUUGACUACAAUAGCCCAGAUGCGCAUCAUUUACUCUGAUGUCAUUGGCAAGUGAUGAGCGUCUCCAGACAUGGACACUCAUAUUGAGAAGUCUAACUACUGCUUGGCAGUAUUUGCUAGAGAGCAUUGCGAGAGACAACGUUGUUUUCGAUACGGGGCCUGCAAAGUCAUCCGCAAAUCUGAUUGCCAGAUUGGAAAUACACAGCCUCUUCAAUGCAUCACCAGAUACAGCUACUGUCCAUCAAUCUUUGAAGAACCUUUGGGAAGAUCCGCGUGUUCAAGCGGCUGUUACACCUAAUACUGAAAUUCCUAACAAAGACCAGUUUGUUUAGUGAGUCAUUGAGACCGAUUGAUAUAUUAUGUAGCGAUACUAAAGAUUCCAC